ACUGAACAUAAUAAUAUGAAUAACAUUAAUAAUCAUCGUCGUUAGUUUAAAGAGAUAAAGAAAACAGACAUUCAAAUUUGGAAUCUGAAUAAACCCCAUAAAUAGAAAACGAGCGGAUGGUUGCAAAGUACUUGUCAAAACGCCACAAUCAGGACGGACGAACGGUAAUGAUGGAUUUUCACUUGAUGAUUGAUGAUGUCGUGACCUUUGCACCUUGCGUGGGGGGUGGGGUCGCUGUUUUGCUCCCGAUGCAACGUUCUGUGGGCUGAAUCAAUAUUUGUAGCUGUGUGCUCGUCCUUACGGGCACAAGUGCACGCAACACACACGUCGAGUCAGCCUACUCAGUUUGGGAACAACAUCAAAUUUGAAAAGAGGCCGCAUGCCUUUACUUCCGUCUUCCUCACUGGCGUUCUGGGUCAUCUUUUGUUCAUUUCAGCCGCGAUGGCGUCUUUUCGAGUGUCACUCUUCGUGUUGGCGUCAUCCUACUGCUUCGCUUUAAUGUCAAGCAGGCCGGCAGGUGUCCACCUGCGGAGUAUGCACAACUUCAUCCAUGCGGUGCAGCAGGUGGAAGAGUCCAACCCGGGUCUGUCCCCCUUGGCGCUGGUCAGGGCCCUGCGCAGGACCGCCGGCCACGACGACGCCAUGACGAUCCACUUCCUGGGUGCUUCUAAUAACCUCACAGACGCUAUGGGGCUAGAGACGGCCAUCCUCAACGCCUCAUCCUUCAGCUUUUUUGACAAGGCCGUCCACCACAUCGUGACAGACAGCGGCGAGGAGCGAGGCGUGGCGCUCGCCCCGGACGGCACCACGAUCGGCCUGGCGCCUUUGCUUCUGGGGAUCGAAUCUGGACUCAAAGCCAAGCAGGAAGCGACCUCGGCCGUCGGGCUCUUUCCGCUCACCUUGGGAAGGACGCUCGGGUUAUCCUUCCUCAGCCUCCAGGACAUCCCGGUGUCUCAUCGCCUGGGGCCCGACGGGUGCUGGGACAGUGUGGCGCGCCCCAAGGUGUUCAAACUGUCUUGGCCCGCCACCCUGGCCACCGACGCAGUUAUUCACGGCGGUAUGGAUGGCGUAAUACUGGGCACGGGUAUCAGCCAACUACCCAAAUCGGAGGAGCCGCAUGCUCUUAGUGAGAUCCUGAAGGAAUAUUAUAGUUUUACCCUGCAUGCGGGCCAGGGUCUUGAUACCUUGUCCAGACACGUUAGUCCAACGCGAAGGGAGAUCUCUCGAUCUAUUCUGGAGCCGCUUGACCUCCAGGUGGAGGUGAUGGACACGCUCGCGCUGGUCUGGAGUUUGGAGAAGACUGAGUGGAUCGCUCUGGACACUGGAGUCAACAAGGCGGUGAAGGAAGGACUAGAGGCAUUUGUGCACAAGUACUGGGAUUGUCCUCAAAUCAUCUCUCGCUGCCAGUGGAGGGCGAAGCCUCCCAAGGAAACCCCCACCCCGCUGUCUUUGCCCCUGGGCUUUGUCUACGUUCACCACACCUACGACCCCUCGCAGCCCUGCCUGUCCUUCCCAGCGUGCUCCCAGAACAUGCGAGCCAUGCAGCGCUUCCACCAGGACGUCCGCAACUGGAGCGAUAUCGGAUACAGCUUCGUGGUGGGCUCGGACGGUUACGUCUACGAAGGCCGGGGCUGGAACCUCCUCGGCACGCACACGCGAGGACACAACAACCUCGGCUACGGCGUGUCGGUCAUUGGCGACUACACGUCCGCUCUUCCGUCGCGUCACGCCACGGACCUUCUCCGCCAUCGCUUGACACGCUGCGCGGUGGACGGAAGGAGGCUCGUGGCCAACUACACCGUCCGUGGCCACAGGCAGAUGGUCAACUACACUUCCUGCCCCGGGGACGCCUUCUUUUCUGAAAUAACGCGCUGGGACCAUUUCAGACACUGACCCUCUACAGUAUAUGCUUCAUAAAAUACAAGAUCAUUGCUCAUGAGACCAAUAGGGACGCGUGGCCAUUCCCUUAUGGCAAAUUUCAACUCCAAAAGAAACCAUAUUCAUCAUGACCAAUAGGUUUUUUCGCAGCAUACGAAUUGGAUUUUGCUGGCAUUUUUUUAGUUUCACCCGUUAUUAACUGGUUUAAAGUACAGUGGACCCCCACGAGCGGCACGGUGGCCGACUGGUUAGAGCGUCAGCCUCACAGUUCUGAGGUGCGGGGUUCAAUCCCCGUCCCCGCCUGUGUGGAGUUUGCAUGUUCUCCCCGUUCCUGCGUGGGUUUUCUCCGGGCACUCCGGUUUCCUCCCACAUCCCAAAAACAUGCAUGAAUUGGAGACUCUAAAUUGCCCGUAGGCAUGACUGUGAGUGCGAAUGGUUGUUUGUUCCUAUGUGCCCUGCGAUUGGCUGGCAACCAGUUCAGGGUGUACCCCGCCUCCUGCCCGAUGACAGCUGGGAUAGGCUCCAGCACCCCCGCGACCCUAGUGAGGAGAAGCGGCUCAGAAAAUGGAUGGAUGGAUGGACCCCCACGAUUCGCGUGGGAUUGGGGCUGCGAAUAGCCAAAAUCCACGGAUAAUUGAUGCCCUUUAUAGUGGUAUUAGAAAUACAACCCCAAUUCCAAUGAAGUUGGGACGCUGUGUUAAACAUACAUAAAAACAGAAUACGAUGAUUUGCAAAUCAUGUUCGACCUAUAUUUAAUUGAAUACACUACAAAGACAAGAUAUUUAAUGUUCAAACUGAUAAACUUGAUUGUUUUUAGCAAAUAAUCAUGAACUUGGAAUGUUAUGGCUGCAACACGUUCCCAAAAAAGCUGGGACAGGGUCAUGUUUACCACUGUGCUACCUUUUCACCUUUUCUUUUAACAACAUUCAAUCAACGUUUGGGAACUGAGGACACUAAUUGUUGAAGCUUUGUAGGUGGAAUUCUUUCCCAUUCUUGCCUGAUGUACAGCUUCAGCUGUUCAACAGUCCGGGGGCAGGCCAGUCUAGUACCCGCAUUCUUUUACUACGAAGCCACGCGGUUGUAAGACGUACAGAAUGUGGUUUGGCAUUGUCUUGCUGAAAUAAGCAGGGGCGUCCAUGAAAAACACGUUGCUCGGAUGGCAGAAUAUGUUUCUCCAAAACCUGCAUGUACCUUUCAGCAUGAAUGGUGCCUUCACAGAUGUGUAAGUUACCCAUGCCAUUGGCACUAACACAGCCCCCAUAACAUCACAGAUGCUGGCUUUUGAACUUUGUGUCCAUAACACUUUACGUUCUUUUCCUCUUUGGCCUGGAGGACACGAUGUCCACAAUUUCCAAAAGCAAAUGGACUCGUCGGACCACAGAACACUUUUCCACUUUGCGUCAGUCCAUCUUAGAUGAGCUCGGGCCCAGAGAAGCCGGCGGCGUUUCUGGGUGUUGUUGAUAAAUGGCUUUUGCUUUGCUUAGUAGAGUUUCAAGUUGCACUUACGGAUGUAGCGCCGAACUGUAUUUACUGACAUUGGUUUUCUGAAGUGUUCCUGAGCCCAUGUGGUGAUAUCCUUUACACAUUGAUGUCGGUUUUUGAUGCAGUGCCGUCUGAGGGAUCGAAGGUCACGGCUAUUCAAUGUUGGUUUUCGGCCUUGCCGCUUACAUGCAGUGAUUUCUCCAGAUUCUCUGAACCUUUUGAUGAUAUUAUAGACCGUAGAGGAUGAAAUCCCUUGCAAUUGUACAUUGAGGAACAUUGUCCUUAAACUUUUUGACUAUUUUCUCACGCACUUGUUCACAAAGAGGUGAACCUCGCCCCAUCAUUGCUUGUGAAUGACUGAGCAAUUCAGGGAACCUCCUUUUCUACCCAGUCAUGGCAGCCACCUGUUCCGGAUUAGCCUGUUCACUUGUGGGAUGUUCCAAAAAGGUGUCUGAUGAGCAUUCCUCAACUUUCUCAGUAUUUUUUGCCACCUGUCCCAGCUUUGUUGGAACGUGUUGCAGCCAUAAAAUUCCAAGUUAAUGAUUAUUUGCUAAAAACAAUCAAGUUGAUCAGUUUGAACAUUAAGUAUCUUGUCUUUGUAGUGUAUUCAAUUAAAUAUGUUGAACAUGAUUUGCAAAUCAUUAUAUUCUGUUUUUAUUUAUGUUUAACACAACAUCCCAACUUCUUUGGAAUUGGGGUUGUAUAUAUAUUAUUUUUAACUCAAAAAGAUUCUUGAAUAAGCGAGGAUAAACCACCAGUAAGCAUUUUCAGGUUUGGUUCCCCCCCCCCCCCCCCAAAAUGAGGGAAAAAAAUGGAAGAAAAUUAAAAAUAUAAUCUUCAAAUAUAUAUACAGUACAGUGGUACCUUGAUUAAAGAGUUUAAUUUGUUCUGUAACUUUUUUUCGAUGUAUAUGCAAAUAUUUUAAUGUUAUGAUUUAUCCCUCUGCAUAACAACAAGCAGUCAACAGUCACAGUCAUUUAGUACCAUACUGCUGGGAUAAAGUCAUUUGAGUUAUGAAAUUUUAUAAUUAAUCAGGAAUCUGAUACAUUAAAAACAAUACAUUAGUAAUCUGAUGAAUUAAAAACAACAACACCGUCUACUAUAUUGGUUGUUGCUCCACUAAUGCAAUACACAAAAAGAUUAUUUGUCAGUUGCGGGUGGGACCAAUGGCUUACUAAAAAGGAAAGUAAAAGUCAGACUGAACUCAUGUAAUGUUUCAUGAAGUUAUGGCUUUCUCUUGCCAUACUUUUACUUUCUCCACAUAACAUUUGGAUUAUUAUUUGGAUUUUUAUUUUACAAUUCAACACGUUUUAUGGAAAAAAAAGACAAUGUAAUAAAACCGUAUUUUAAAAUGUAAGCCUUAUUCUGUAAACCUAAAUAUUUGCUGUCAUACGACUAUUCUAUUUUUUUUCUCAUAAGAUACAUUUUCCCCCAUA